GAAAUCAACAAGUCCUAAAUAAAAUCACUCCGCGUGUUAAUUACAUGUACUUGUUUGUUUCUUGUUGAUUAUUGUUAUUUACAAUAAAUUUAGCUUAAAUAUACAUCAUUUCUGUUUAAAAUUGAAUUAUAAGCAUCGGCUUUCAUAAAGUUUGCGAUGCGGUUUUUAGAUUCAUUUCUCGACGAACAAAAAAAAUAAUAUACAGUCAAUCCUAUAUAAAAAUGAACUGAUCGAAAUUUUAUCCACGAAAGUAAAUUGUAUUUUUUUUUUGUAGAUCCAUGUGUCCCGCCAAAAACUGGCAAUAUAUACAGUAGUUGGUUUACAAUAUUUUCGCUAGAUGUUCUGUGGAAAAAGAUGUAUACCAUUUUCCUAUACAUUUUUAAAAAAAAAUUGCAAUAUUCAAUACAAUAUUGAAUCUCUGGUAGAUUCUAUGACUUCCAUUCGUUAAAGCAGAUAAACCCUCCCCACUUUCUUUCCAAGACGUGCACUUCCAGGUGAAAUCUCUUUGCUUUAAUUUAAUUACAUCAUUUUAAUUUUCAUUAGAUCUAUUAAACUCCAUUCCUACGAUUCCCUGAUUUCCCACCUCGCCAACGGAUCAGACGUUCGGUAUUUCUUUGACACUUCCGGCUGCGCGCCACAUACUGUGAGGUCAAGGGGUCAAGGGGAGGUCAAGGGGAGACAAUCCGGUGUUUGGUGGCACGGUCAGUUUGUUUAGUGUCAUCAAAGACACCGGACAAGGCACGGGAGUAACAUUUUUCAUGUACGAUACAUAGACGAGAAUUCCAAGGGUAUAUGUAUCUACUUACAUUAUCGAAUAACAUAAUAUUUGCAAUGUUUGUUAUAAUGAUGUUGAUAACUCCCUUGUUACUAUGUAUAGGUGUGUCUUUUAUUUAGAUUUAAACGAAGAAAUACAGUCGAUGUGGAUUACCAAUGACGUGGCCAAUAUAUUCUGGGGGAAACCUGGCUUCUUUGUAAACAAUACUGAUGACGUAGACGGGAUAUUUUGUAACUGGACAAGAGUAGAGGGGAAUAUAUGGGUAAAACAACAUUCGGAACAAAAGCAGCUGACGGCAUUCAGUGAUAUUCAUACCAUGCUGACUUCCGGUGAAGACAUUCGGUGGGUGGUGAAUUUAGGAAGCUGUAAAUGUUCGCCAGAUUCCGGUAAAUGUCGGGAAGGGUCGUUUGGAAACACUGUAAGAGAUUUCAAAAUUCAUCAGAACGGUUCUAUAAGUUUCUCUUCCUCCAUGACGGCGAUUAUUCCUCUUUCCUGGCGGUAUGUCCGGUUUAUCGCUUUCGGACACAUUUACCAAAACAACACGGCCAGUUUCAUGGUGUCCGAGUUAGACCCCACAACAUGGGAUAAUGGCGGCAAUUUCAUGGUAUCCUGUCCAAUAGCCUCAGCCUACACGACAACAGGAGCUAAAUUUUACAUCAACAAUGAAUAAAAAGUCUGGAGAAAU